AUGGCACUCAGCCCAGUAUCAUUGAACUCAACCACUUGUACCAAUCCCUGCGGCAUCACAUCCUCUUUCCCCUGUGCUGCAGGCGCCUUCACUUUGCCAGCACUGCCCUACGCGUAUGACUUCCUAGAGCCCUUCAUCGACACACUGACGAUGCGCCUGCACCACGACCGCCACUUCUGCACCUUCUACACCAACCUGAACCCCAUCGUCGCUGCCAAUGCAGCCCUUCAGGGGAAGACCCUUGUCGAGAUCAACCAAGCGGUCGGCGCCCUCGGUUCUUUCAUUCCUGCCGCAGUUGCCACUGCCGUCCGCAACAAUGCUGGAGGGGCUUGGAAUCACGCCUUCUUCUUCCAGAUCAUGACUAAGGCCGAAACCAGCGACUCAGCGGCCCCUGCCGUGGGAACGCCCCUGAGAAUUGCCAUCGAGGCUGCAUUUGGCACCUUUGCCAAUUUCACCACCCUCUUCCAGACCGCCGGCAACAACCAGUUUGGCUCUGGGUGGGCGUGGUUGGUGGUGAAGGCGGAUGGCAGCCUGGCAGUCACAUCCACCCCCAACCAGGACAAUCCCCUCCAGGCGGCGGUGCAGGGUAUCCCCAUUCUGGGCCUGGACGUAUGGGAGCACGCCUACUACCUCCAGUACUACAACGUGCGUGGCUCGUACACUGUGCGCUGGUUCAAUGUCAUCAACUGGACCAAGGUGGCUGCCCUCUUCGAGGACGCCAAGGCCGGCAUUAUCCUCCAGCCCUGA